AUGAAAUGCUCUGGCACUAGACCGCGCUGCAUCAACUGCACGAAGUAUGACAAGGAUUGCAUCUAUCAUCUGUCACGCCGGGACCGGCUAAGAGAGGCCACUUAUAAGAGUGAAGUUCUCUCCGCACUACUCAAGGACAUCCGUGGCGCCCUCGAUAACGAGCAUACAAUGAGAAUCGAUGAUACACUCAAAGAGUUUGAAAAUGACACAUCUCCACCAUCGCCAUCCGUACGCACUAAGUCAUGGAAGAAACGAUCGAGGAUGUCAUCGCCUGAUGAAAUGGAUUGCGACAGGCAGGCGUUUAACGAGGCUCGCGCCUCAUCCUCAGUGGGUUUUAACGAGGAUCUCGAUUUCCUAGAAGAAGAUGUCCUGCGUGACCCCGAAUCAAUUGAGGCGAGCUGCAUAGGUCGCAACUUUCAGAUUCAAUGCAUGCCGACUUUGCAACGAAAGCCGGAUCAGUCUAGAGGCGGGCCAUCCGAGAUGCCAUAUGCGGUACCUAGGGACAGCAAGGGGGCUGCCUCUAAACGCUCUGAUGCACUUUAUGAAUGCCAAAGGCAGUCAGCGGGCGCCAAGCCUCUUUCGAGUUUCUACUCUAGGAGCUAA